AAUUAACCUCAGAAACUGCUGAUUUUUUAAUUUUUUUUUUUUUUUUUUUUUUGUGUAGAUGGACAAAACCAAUUUUGAGAAAGGGGUACAGACGACGGUUGGAACUGUCAGAUAUUUAUCAAAUCCCUUCUGCGGACUCUGCUGAUAAUCUUUCUGAAAAACUAGAAAGAGAGUGGGACAGAGAGCUGGCAACUUCAGAGAAAAAACCCAAACUUAUUAAUGCUCUUCGACGAUGCUUUUUCUGGAAAUUCAUGUUCUACGGAAUAAUGUUAUAUUUAGCGGAAGUCACCAAAUCUGUGCAACCCCUUCUACUGGGAAGAAUAAUAGCUUCCUAUGAUCCGGACAACUCUGAUGAAAGAUCCAUAGCCUACUACCUGGGCAUUGGCUUGUGCCUUCUCUUCCUUGUGAGAACACUACUUAUACACCCUGCUAUAUUUGGUCUUCAUCAUAUAGGAAUGCAAAUGAGGAUAGCUAUGUUUAGCUUGAUUUAUAAGAAGAUCUUAAAACUGUCAAGCAGAGUUCUAGAUAAGAUAAGUACCGGACAAUUGGUCAGUCUUCUUUCCAACAAUCUGAACAAAUUUGAUGAGGGUCUUGCUCUGGCUCAUUUUGUGUGGAUUGCACCUUUACAAGUGGCACUGCUGAUGGGACUGCUCUGGGAUAUGUUAGAAGCUUCCGCAUUUUCUGGACUUGCUCUUCUAAUAGUCCUGGCCUUUUUCCAAGCCUGGCUGGGACAAAUGAUGAUGAAAUACAGGAAUAAGAGGGCAGGAAAGAUCAAUGAGAGACUUGUCAUCACCUCAGAAAUAAUUGAAAAUAUACAGUCAGUUAAAGCCUAUUGUUGGGAAGAUGCAAUGGAAAAAAUGAUUGAAAGCAUCCGUGAAACUGAACUGAAGCUAACCCGAAAAGCUGCUUAUAUGAGAUAUUUCAACAGCUCAGCCUUCUUCUUUUCAGGCUUUUUUGUGGUGUUUUUAGCUGUGCUUCCAUAUGCUGUGACUAAAGGAAUUAUUCUCCGAAAAAUAUUUACCACCAUUUCCUUCUGCAUUGUUCUUCGAAUGACAGUGACCAGGCAGUUUCCCGGGUCUGUACAGACCUGGUAUGACUCUAUUGGAGCAAUAAACAAAAUACAGGAUUUCUUGCUGAAAAAAGAAUAUAAAGCCCUGGAGUAUAAUCUAACAACCACUGGGGUUGAGCUGGACAAAGUAACAGCUUUUUGGGAUGAGGGAAUUGGAGAGCUGUUUGUAAAAGCAAACCAGGAAAACAACAACAGCAAAGCUCCUAGCACUGACAACAAUCUCUUCUUCAGUAAUUUUCCCCUUCAUGCCUCUCCUGUUCUUCAGGAUAUAAAUUUCAAGAUUGAGAAGGGACAGUUGUUAGCUGUUUCUGGAUCUACUGGAGCAGGCAAGACUUCUCUUCUGAUGUUGAUAAUGGGAGAAUUGGAGCCUUCGCAGGGUAAAAUUAAACACAGUGGAAGGAUAUCCUUUUCACCUCAAGUCUCCUGGAUCAUGCCUGGAACAAUAAAAGAAAACAUAAUUUUUGGUGUAUCCUAUGAUGAAUACCGAUACAAGAGUGUCAUCAAAGCCUGCCAACUAGAAGAGGACAUUUCCAAGUUCCCAGACAAAGAUUAUACAGUGCUGGGUGAAGGUGGAAUCAUUCUGAGCGGAGGCCAGCGAGCACGAAUCUCCUUAGCAAGAGCAGUGUACAAAGAUGCUGAUUUGUAUCUCCUGGAUUCUCCUUUUGGACAUUUAGACAUUUUUACAGAAAAAGAGAUAUUUGAAAGCUGUGUGUGCAAGUUGAUGGCGAAUAAAACUAGGAUCUUGGUUACCUCAAAACUGGAACAUUUAAAGAUUGCUGACAAAAUAUUAAUUUUACAUGAGGGAAGCUGCUAUUUCUAUGGAACAUUUUCUGAACUUCAGGGUCAACGGCCAGACUUCAGCUCAGAGCUGAUGGGAUUUGAUUCUUUUGAUCAGUUCAGUGCAGAGAGAAGAAAUUCAAUUCUAACUGAGACUCUCCGACGAUUUUCCAUUGAAGGAGAAGGCACGGGAUCACGAAAUGAAGUAAAAAAGCAAUCUUCUAAACAAACAUCUGAUUUUAAUGACAAAAGGAAGAACUCCAUAAUUAUUAACCCCCUUAAUGUAAGUAGGAAGUUCUCAGUAGUGCAGAGGAACGGGAUGCAGGUGAACGGGAUAGAAGAUGGCCACAAUGACCCACCAGAAAGGAGGCUCUCACUGGUACCUGACUUGGAACAGGGAGAUGUAGGUCUGCUUCGGAGUAACGUGCUAAGCACCGAUCAUAUUCUGCAAGGUCGGAGGAGGCAAUCUGUGUUAAACCUGAUGACGGGUACCUCUGUGAACUAUGGAGCAAACUUUCCCAAAAAGGGAAGUACAGCAUUUCGGAAAAUGUCUAUGGUGCCUCAGACAAACUUGUCUUCCGAGAUAGAUAUCUACACCAGGCGCUUGUCUCGAGACAGUGUCUUGGACAUAACUGAUGAAAUCAGUGAAGAAGAUUUGAAGGAAUGCUUUACUGAUGAUGCUGAAAGCAUGGGUACUGUUACCACAUGGAAUACCUAUUUCAGAUAUGUUACAGUCCACAAAAACUUGAUUUUUGUUCUGAUUUUGUGUGUGACUGUCUUCUUAUUUGAGGUAGCUGCUUCUCUUGUUGGGUUAUGGUUUCUUAAAAAGACAGCUUUGACAGCAAACACAACACAAUCAGAAAACAGUACCUCUGACAAACCUCCUGUGAUUGUCACUGACACUAGCGCCUACUACAUCAUUUAUAUCUACGUGGGAGUGGCAGAUACCCUGCUUGCCAUGGGAAUCUUCAGAGGUUUGCCCCUUGUGCAUACGCUUAUAACGGUGUCUAAAAUUCUUCAUCAAAAGAUGGUGCACGCAGUUCUUCAUGCACCUAUGUCAACAUUCAACUCUUGGAAAGCAGGUGGUAUGCUUAACAGAUUCUCAAAAGAUACGGCAGUACUGGAUGACUUACUUCCGCUUACAGUAUUUGACUUCAUUCAG